AUGCAAGAUGGUUACACGUCACCACUGAUAACACUGCUGGAGUCGUUAGGACAGAAUGCAUUUCGACGAGACGAAGUUCAAGUUGGAAGGGAUAGAACUGUAAACGUUCUUGGAAUGCCUUUAGGACGUCGAAACGGACUGCAAGUGUCGCCAUUGAGCGGUCUUAGCUAUGGCAAUCAAGACUUGUUCGGGCCCGUUUCAAUAAACGAUAAAUAUGACGUCAACUGGGGCUUCUUAAACAAACUCGGAGAUCUGAUGAACACAGCUUCCAAAAAGUUCUUAAUCCCCUCAAAGUCCUGA